AUGGCCAAUGACAAAGAAAACAACCCUACCCCAGUCGGCCCUUCUCGACGACGAAGCUCCGGACCAACCUUCGACAGCCUCAUGAGCCAGAAACGCACCAGCGACCCCGACUCCCUCGCCAGACGUGCGAGUCUACACGAGCAGAAGCCCCAGGCGGGUUUCUUCGGGAAGAUGUGGCACAAAUUUUUGUUUUUGGAAGGAACCUGCCAAGUUCCCAACCGCGAGGCUAACAAGACGGUUGCUCAAAUAUCGCCCGGAUCUGACGCGUUUCCAAUCGAGUCGGGGGCCUUCGGGACAGUGCGGGCGAACCCGCAAAAAUCUGUCCGCAGAGAGACGCGACCAGCCCAGCCCCGAGUUUUACACCUGCCUACAGCAAUUUGCUGCGGCGGCAUAAACCUUUUCCUUCCUACCAAAACUUUCUCCCACGCCUCCGGGUAUGGCUUCGCACUAAUCCCUAGGGGUGACCAAGGGUCAAUGCGAAAGAGGCAGCGUUAUCGACGUGGGAAGGGUUCUCCUCGGCCUAGUCCGAGAUGCUGGCUCCGGAGCAAAGUAGCUUCUGCCGAGGUUCGCUAG